GCUCGAAUUGUGGAUGCACCAAAAUCAGUGAGUGUACAGGAAGGUCAGUCUGUCUCUAUCACCUGUAAGAUAGAAGGUAUUCCUGCACCCACAGCUACCUGGACAAUCAAAGAUAAACCAGUGUCCAGUGAUGAUCGUCAUCUAAUUAAUCUGACGCCAGAUACAGUUACUCUAACCAUACCAAAAGCAGUGGUGGAAGAUACAGCUGUGUAUACACUGAAAAUCUCCAAUCCUUCAGGAACUGAUGAUGUUUCUGUUGAAGUCACUAUCACAGGUGGGUAG